ACCGAUACGUCUUGAAUAGUCUCUCACAAAUAUUAAAACGUCGCUAGAAAUUCUGGCAAAUAAACAUCAAAGAUGCAUUCUUGAAGACAUGCGUCUACGCCUUAGACUGUUUGUUCCCGUUGCUCUCGUUCUGGUUGGGUUUAUCUUUGUUUUUUACGGUUUAAACUUAGACAAUGGCAGCACGACCAACUACAAUGGCAACAUACAUGUGGGAAAAGUAUAUUUCACGCGAAAUGAACGCGCCGUCAAUACCUCAAUCAUUUCAGGAUUUGCAGCAAACCAUCCUCAGAUAAUUGAGCGCAUUGUUUACAACCGUGUCCCAAAAUGCGGCAGUCGUUCUACAUUAUCUUUGUUCAAAAUCCUCGCUGUUAAAAACAAAUACCGGGUCAUUGAACCUGCCUUGAACUAUCCUUAUCAACUGGAACGCAAUGAUCAGAUAAGAAUAAGCAAUCUUAUGUCUGCCCUUAGAACACCGUUUCUCUAUCAUAGACAUAUGCAUUACAUAGAUUUUGAAACUUUUUCAGGUCCUCAAGUUGCGUAUAUUAAUCUCAUUAGAGAUCCAGUCUCAAGAGCAGUAUCUCAUUUCUAUUUUCGACGAUAUGGCGACAAUUUACUUAAUAAAACUCGCGUAAAAAGGUCCAUUAGGAAUCAGGACAUGACAUAUGACGAGUGCGUGUUGAAACAGGAGACAGAAUGCGUUGGAAACUGGGGAAUAUUUUUUAUUGUGCCAUUCUUUUGCGGCCAUUCAAAAGCAUGUCGAACACCGACCGUUUGGGCACUGGAGCAAGCGAAAAAAAACGUUGAGAAGUACUUGGUCGUUGGAAUACUAGAAGAAUACGAAGAUUUUAUUAAGGUUUUAGAGAAAUUGCUACCAAAUUUUUUCAAAGGCGCUUACAGGGAAUCCAAAACGCCAGAUCCUAACAUUCCUCAGAAAUCAGUGCUGUCUUUAACAAGGAAAAAACAAAAGCCUUCAGAAAAGGUUAUCGCGAUCUCAAGAGGAAAUAUGAAGUUAGAAUAUGACUUUUAUGACUUUGUCAAAAAGCGAUUCCAUCAGUUGAAGCAUUCUUUGGACAUUCAGUAAAUCUUGCGCUGAAGUGGUUUACCCACACUAAAAAAAUUCAGGUUACAUUUCUUUACUGCAUGUUGCAGACGAAUGAGAUUGUGGCACUGCAUGCCUUUGCACCGGAAAAUAUUGCUUCUUUUCGUCGGAAAUCCAUCGGAAGGGGCCAGAGUGUUGUUGAAUGUCAAUUACCUCGCUAAUAUCAACAACGCUGACCUUAUUACAUCGCUUUAUUGGCUUUAUAGCUAUGACUAUUUCUCUACUGAUAGAAAAAUCACAGCUAUUUAUGAAAUGAUAAAAAAUAGUCCUAUUUCUAAUAAGCAACAAUUUCGUGAACACGGAGCCACAGUAAA